AUGGAUUCCUUCGACUUUGCUGACAACAACAGCAACACCAAAAACGAUAAAUAUUACACAGAUUUUGUUCCGACUAAUUCGGCUUUGGCUAUGUACAAGGCCGGCUCGCAUUUGUACUGCUCAGAGGACAUUGUUGUCAAGGGAAAACUGGGCAAUGGAUACUUUGCGUCAGUGUUUUUGGUACAUCACCGACCAAGCAAUCAGCUAAUGGCAAUGAAACUAACCAAGGAAGCAUCUGUUCAGCGUCGUGAGAUUGAGUUGCUCAGUUCCGUGGAUCACAAAAAUGUUUUGCGGCUAUUCGGCUCCUGUGUGAUCGGCGCUAGAUUCGCUUGCCUGACUGAGUUUGUCAAUGGUGGCUCACUAGCUGACCUGCUCAGUGCAAAAGGAAUGGACCUGCCCUGGCUGCUUCGAUCAAGUCUGGCUCUGGAUAUCGCCAAUGGUCUUCAUCAUUUGCACUGCAAUAACCUUAUCCACCGAGAUUUGUCUUCGGCGAAUAUUCUGAUCCGUGUGGGUCCUUUCGUUCCCUCCGAACCCGAUGGUCUGGAUUCUAAGAAUUUCCCUGGUCACUUAGUCUACGGUGUUUCCGGCGGCCAGAAUGUGGUUGUCUCCGACGCGGCGUUCGUGCGCGAUUGUCCUGCACAUUCUCGAUCCAGACGACCUUGUUCAAAAGUGCCACUAACCUACAGCCAGAGACAGGCUGAAUUUUCCACAAACGGUCGGAGUCUGUCGCCAGUUUGUAUGGCUGUCGAUCGCGAACAAAUGGGUGGUGAUAUCAGCUCUUCCUCAACUGAGUGCGGUGGUCCGAUCACUAUGCAAAACGGUGACCCGUCAAUGCUGGAGCAAACGAAAUUUGCAAAACAUUGUUUGCUUUCCCUGCCUAUCGUAGAACCGGUCUGGAAGCGGCUCGCCUGGUCUAGCGCUCUGUUUCCACCGGACAUCUCUCCCAGUUAUACCGCUGUUGUUGCUGAUCUUGGUCUGUGUUUGGAUCUAAGUCAAAGUNGCAGUGUCCUGGUCGGAAAUCCUUAUUACAUCGCACCUGAGUGCCUCAACCGAAUCGCUCCGUACACAUUUGCGGCCGAUGUUUUCUCCUUUGGUAUCCUAAUUUGCGAAUUGAUCACUCGAUUGGUCAACGACGGUGCACGAAUACCGCGGACGAAUGACUUUGGAUUGGACCACCAAAAUCUCCCCGUACCGCCUACAUGUCCACCGCGAUUGCACCAAGUUGCCCUGGACUGCUGUACCGUGGAUCACUUACAACGCCCUCCACUGAAGACAAUCAUUACAGAGCUAGUGGAAAAUUUGACGGAUCAUCACCCUGCUGGUUGCCACUCCCUCCGGACCACAUCUCCGAAACACCAUUCGAGUCGAGCAAACGAUUGUGUGGAAACAGCAGCACCAGGACCAGCACCCGCUGUCCCUGGCCUUAUAGCCCAGGAAUAGAGAACCAUGGCCUUCCAACUGAAGCUCAAGACAUUUUAUCUUCAGUCGACAGUCAGGUAGUGCCCACCGCCUGGGGUCCGUUUGAAUACCGCAUUUCCUCAAACAUUCCAAAUGACCAAUGGAUAGUUCUUGCGUUCUGCUCUUUUCAUCUAGCUCUCGGUUUUUCAGACCAUAUGUCUGAUUGAGAACUACUUUCGGAAUAACUACCUACGGUCUUGCCACCCACCAGUUCACGAAGCGACAAAUCAAAGCCAGCGACUUGUGGUGGUUAUAAGCUGGCUUUCAGUUGCCUUGCUUUUGCUCUGAAAAGAAACCUAUCUGUUGUUGUACGCUACCAGUUCUUUCCAAAUUAUUCGGACUGACAAUUCAUUUGGAGGAAGCAAACAAGUUCUGGCUUCCUCUAUCCAUACACAUACCCGAUGUACAUAUUACCUUUCCCUCAGUGGUAUUUUGCUCUUCUUCGGUUGUGCACUGUAACAUACGGAAAGCACCUUGCCACUCCACUUGCAAUGGUUCGAAAAUUCUUUAUUCUUCUGUUAAAUAAUUUCAUCCGUAACUUUGGUUGGCUAUGUGAAUAAUAAAGUCCA